CACACAUAUAGCUACUCUCUCACUCACGUUACCUCUCUUCAUUGUGAAAUAGUUGCCAAAAAUUCAUAUUUACAAUAUAUAUAUUUGAAAUAAUCAAAGACCUUUAGUUUAUACGUCGCCGUGAAAUAGAAAAGUUCGUAAUGAGUUUAGCUGGGAAAGUUGUUAUUAUAACCGGCGCUAGUUCUGGUAUUGGUGCCGCGACUGCGGUCGACUUUGCCAAACUCGGUGCUAAAGUAGUGCUCGUCGGACGCAAUGAAGCAAAUUUAAAGAAGACUGAAGCGGCAUGUAAAACAGCCAACGACACAGCUGAACUGCUUCCCAUCAUUGCUGACGUCACUGUGGAUGCGGAGCGCAUUAUUCAAACAACAAUCGAUCAGUUCGGACAAUUAGAUGUGUUAGUGAAUAAUGCCGGUUACGCUGAACUUGGCAACAUAUUAGAUGUUGAUGUUGAACAUUUUGAUCGCGUUUUGAAUACGAAUUUACGUGCAGUCUUUCUUCUAACCAAACUUGCCGCGCCAUAUCUUAUCAAGACGCAAGGCAAUAUUGUGAAUGUCUCCAGCGUAGCCGGACUACGUUCAUUCCCUGGAGUUUCCAGUUAUUGCACCGCUAAAGCUGCUGUUGAUCAGUUCACACGUUGUAUUGCGCUGGAUUUGGCGCCGCAUAAAGUGCGUGUAAAUGCUGUGAAUCCAGGUGAUAUUGUGACGGACUUUCAUAGGCGUAUGGGCAUGAAGGAUGAAGAUUAUGUCAAAUAUUUGGAACAUUGUAAGACUACGCAUGCUUUAGGUCGCAUUGGGCAGCCCAGAGAAGUGGUUGAUGCUAUUCUCUUUUUGGCGAGCGAAAGCGCGAGCUUUAUAACGGGCGCAACACUGCCCAUUGAUGGUGGAAAGCAUGCUAUGUGUCCGCGUUAAUCUGUUGUACAUAUGUAUAAGAAAGAUUUAAAAUUUGAACUAAAUAUUUAUAUUAAAUAUAUGUUUGUAUGU